AUGGCGGUGAAACCACGGACGACGACGGCACGACCGUCUGGAACCGCCCGAAAAGCUGGCGCUCCUCGGUCCAGUUCCAUUUCCAGUCGUGGCUCUGGCUCUGGUUCCAGUUCCGGUUCUGGAUCCAAGCGUGCUCGACGCAAGCGGUGGUUCCAUGCGCCACUGACACUACUCACGAUGGUGGUGCUGCACUCUGUGCUGCACAUUCUCGCAUUUAUCCUGCUGACCGAGCCGUGUCUGAAUCCGAACUACAGCACACGUCUGCUGGACAAGAUGCACUACUUUGCACUGCUGUCGACGCGUUCCGCGAUACCGGCGAGCGAGUGGAAGGCGCGAUUUACGAGUGCGGGCUUCCGCGCUUUGUUCGGCGCUGGCGUGAUUCAGGUUUGGUUCACUGCGCGCCUGAGUGGCUACUUUGAACGCGCACAGGCGCAGCAUCAACGUCUUGUCGCUGCACUCAAGCUGCAGAGGGACACGCAAAACACAGUCGGCAUCGAUGCUCGCUUCGAAUCGCACGAAAAAGACGAACAACCCAGGAUACCCAGCUUUGUUCGUCAGCUAGAGAGCGUCUCACUAACCAUGCUCGGUAUGCCAUUCAUCGCAGUCAUCAUCUACGUGCUCCUACUCGUCCUCGGUGCUCCGCUCCAACAGUACAAACAAACCGCCAUCUUAGCCUCCCACUUAACCCUCCUCAUCGCCCUACCCCUAAUACACCUCCUCGGCCUCCCCGGCCUCCCCGCCAACGACUCCCCAUCCGCCAACCCCUCCCAUUGGUCAUCCCUCCUGUCCCUCACCCCAAACCCCUCCUUCCUCCUCCCGCUCUACUACCCCCUCAUAUCAUGCGCCUUGGUCACGCUCCUCUCCACCUCCGUCCUCGCUCUCGACUGGAACGUCUCCUACCAAACCUACCCCUUCCCUCUCCUCGUCGGCAGCCUCCUUGGCCUUGUCGUCGGCGACUUGUACACUGUCGCACUCAUCCUCUUUGGCUAA